UAUAAUACCAUACAGUAAGUGAAGAAAGGCCACAGUUUUAAGGUAUAGAUGGGAAGGCAUUAACUCAUUUGGAUGGUAACCAUGGGCAACGCAGCAUCAUGCAAGGCCUGUGGAUCAGAUAAAACUUUAAAGACCACUGGGAGUGACCACGAUUUAAACCACCACACUGACUACUACGGAGCUGUUGACUCUGGAUCCGAAGUUGAUGAUUCACUGUCUGACAGUAACACAAGUUUCCUGCGGGCUGCCAGAGCGGGGAACAUUGACAAAGUCCUUGACUUCCUGAAAAAUGGAGUAGACAUCAGCACCUGUAACCAGAAUGGUCUGAACGCGCUACAUCUGGCAGCGAAGGAGGGACACACGGAUUUGGUGGAGGAACUGUUGGAGAGAGGAGCACCUGUUGACUCUUCUACCAAGAAAGGAAACACUGCCCUCCAUAUUGCCUCACUGGCUGGACAGAAUGAAGUAGUCAGACUACUGGUGAAGAGAGGAGCAGAUGUCAACUCUCAGUCACAGAAUGGCUUCACUCCACUCUAUAUGGCAGCCCAGGAGAACCAUUUGGAGGUAGUACGAUACAUGUUGGAAAAUGAUGGGAACCAAAGCAUUGCAACAGAGGAUGGCUUCACGCCACUGGCCAUCGCUCUCCAGCAGGGCCACAACGCAGUGGUCUCCCUGCUAUUGGAACAUGACACAAAGGGUAAGGUCCGCCUUCCAGCCCUGCACAUCGCAGCCCGCAAAGACGACACAAAGUCUGCCGCACUGCUGCUCCAGAAUGACCACAAUGCUGACGUCCAGUCUAAGAUGAUGGUCAAUAGAACUACGGAGAAUGGGAAGAGUGGGUUUACCCCUCUGCACAUCGCGGCUCACUAUGGUAACGUGAAUGUCUCCACCCUGUUGCUGAACAGAGGAGCCGCUGUGGACUUCACAGCCAGGAAUGGGAUAACGCCUCUCCAUGUGGCCUCCAAGAGAGGCAACACCAACAUGGUAGCCCUGCUGUUGGACCGAGGAGCUCAGAUAGAUGCUAAAACCAGGGAUGGGCUGACCCCCCUGCACUGUGCAGCAAGGAGUGGUCAUGACCCAGCACUUGAAAUUCUGCUGGAAAGAGGAGCUCCCAUCUUAGCCAGAACCAAGAACGGACUAUCCCCACUGCACAUGUCAGCCCAGGGGGACCACAUAGAGUGUGUUAAACUCCUGCUGCAGCACAAGGCACCUGUUGAUGAUGUCACACUGGACUACCUCACAGCGCUGCACGUUGCAGCUCACUGCGGCCACUACAGAGUCACCAAGCUUCUGCUGGACAAGAAGGCCAAUCCCAAUGUCAGAGCAUUGAAUGGAUUCACUCCUCUCCAUAUCGCUUGUAAGAAGAACAGGGUAAAGGUGAUGGAACUGUUGGUCAAAUAUGGAGCCUCCAUCCAGGCCAUUACUGAGUCUGGUCUGACUCCCAUCCAUGUGGCUGCCUUCAUGGGCCACCUCAACAUCGUUUUACUUUUGCUGCAAAAUGGAGCAUCCCCUGAUGUCCGUAACAUUCGUGGUGAGACAGCUCUCCACAUGGCAUCGCGAGCAGGUCAGAUGGAAGUGGUUCGCUGUUUGCUAAGGAAUGGAGCAUUGGUUGAUGCUAUAGCCAGGGAGAACCAGACUCCCCUCCAUAUUUCGUCCCGUUUGGGGAAAACUGAUAUUGUCCAGUUGCUGCUGCAACACAUGGCUCAUCCGGAUGCUGCCACCACCAACGGCUACACUCCCCUCCACAUUUCCGCCAGGGAGGGCCAGGUAGAGACGGCUGCCGUGCUGCUGGAGGCCGGAGCCUCACACUCUCAGGCCACGAAGAAAGGAUUUACUCCGUUACAUGUAGCAGCUAAGUAUGGAAGCCUGGAUGUAGCAAAACUUCUCCUUCAACGCAAAGCUCUUCCUGAUGAUGCUGGCAAGAAUGGCCUGACUCCGCUGCAUGUGGCAGCUCAUUAUGACAACCAAGAAGUAGCUCUGCUGCUGCUGGAUAAAGGCGCAUCGCCUUAUGCUACUGCAAAGAAUGGCUACACUCCUCUCCACAUUGCAGCCAAAAAGAACCAGAAGAACAUCGCAUUAGCGCUGCUGCAGUAUGGAGCAGAGACCAAUGUUCUGACCAAGCAGGGAGUCAGCCCUCUACACUUGGCAGUCCAGGAAGGGCACGCUGAGAUGGCCAGCCUACUUCUGGGCAAAGGAGCCCACGUCAACACAGCCACCAAGACUGGACUGACGCCUCUGCAUCUCGCAGCCCAAGAAGACAGAGUCAAUGCAGCAGAAGUAGUGGCCAAGCAGGAUGCCAACUUGGAUCAGCAAACUAAGCUCGGAUACACCCCUCUUAUAGUGGCAUGUCACUAUGGCAAUGCCAAGAUGGUGAAUUUCCUAGUACAGCAAGGUGCCAGCGUCAACGCCAAAACCAAGAAUGGAUACACACCCCUACACCAAGCAGCACAACAAGGGAAUACACACAUUAUCAAUAUGUUGCUACAACAUGGUGCCAAUCCCAAUGCUAUAACAGUGAACGGAAACACUGCUCUAUCUAUUGCCACACGUCUGGGUUACAUCUCAGUAGUGGACACACUGAAAGUUGUUACUGAGGAGGUCAUCACUACCACAACGACGGUCACAGAGAAACACAAGCUCAAUGUUCCUGAGACAAUGACGGAGAUCCUGGAUGUGUCUGAUGAAGAAGGUGAGGAUACUAUGACAGGUGAUGGAGGAGAGUAUCUGAGAGCGGAGGAUCUCAGAGAGCUGGGUGAUGACUCUCUGCCUGGACACUACCUGGACGGCUUCAGCUACAUGAGCCACAACCUGGACAGGCCGCAGCACACUCCCAUUCACCAAAGUUUUCAUCAGAGAGAGGCAGUUCUCAUUGAAGACAUGCUCACAAGCCACCAGGUGACAGCACUGUCUAGAGAGCACGAUAAGGACUCGUUCCGUCUGAGCUGGGGUGCAGAGCACCUUGAUAAUGUGGUGCUAUCCUCCAGUCUGCUACAUUCUGGCCGUUCCUCUCCGUGCCUAGACCAUGACAACAGCAGCUUCCUGGUCAGCUUCAUGGUAGAUGCCAGGGGCGGAGCCAUGCGUGGUUGCCGUCACAACGGCCUGCGAAUCAUUGUGCCACCAAGAAAGUGUUCUGCACCCACGCGGGUGACAUGCAGGCUGGUGAAGAGACACCGUCUGGCCUCUAUGCCCCCCAUGGUGGAGGGUGAGGGGCUGGCUGGUCGCAUCAUUGAAGUGGGACCCACUGGAGCCCAGUUCCUGGGUAAGCUCCACCUCCCCACAGCUCCACCCCCUCUAAAUGAGGGUGAGAGCCUGGUCAGUCGCAUCCUCCAGCUGGGUCCUCCAGGAACCAAGUUCCUCGGGCCUGUUAUUGUGGAGAUCCCCCAUUUUGCAGCCCUACGGGGAACAGAGCGAGAACUAGUGAUCUUGAGAAGUGAGACAGGAGAGAGCUGGAGGGAACACCACUGUGACUUCACUGAAGAGGAACUGAACCAGAUACUUAACGGCAUGGAUGAAAAACUUGAUUCCCCAGAGGAGCUUGAAAAGAAAAGAAUAUGCCGCAUCAUCACCAGAGACUUCCCACAGUAUUUUGCGGUGGUGUCACGCAUAAAGCAGGACAGUCAUUUGAUUGGGCCAGAGGGCGGGGUCCUCAGUAGCACUCUUGUGCCCCAGGUCCAGGCUGUCUUCCCCGAAGGAGCCCUCACCAAGAAGAUCAGAGUUGGGCUACAGGCUCAGCCUAUUGAUGUGGACGUGGUGAGAAAGGUUCUUGGUAACAAAGCCACAUUCAGCUCAAUUGUCACAUUGGAGCCAAGAAGGAGGAAGUUCCACAAACCAAUCACCAUGACAAUCCCCAUUCCCAAGAGUUCCAAUAAUGACGGGUCAAGCGGAGUGUACAGUGGGGAGACUCCCACCUUACGUUUGCUUUGCAGCAUUACAGGUGGAACUACUCCUGCCCAAUGGGAGGACAUCACUGGCUCCACGCCGCUUACCUUUGUUAACCAAUGUGUGUCCUUCACUACAAACGUGUCAGCGAGGUUCUGGCUGAUAGACUGCCGACAGAUCCAGGAGUCUGUUAGUUUUGGCUCUCAGCUGUACAGAGAGAUCAUCUGUGUACCAUACAUGGCCAAGUUUGUCAUUUUUGCUAAGACACUUGACCCCAUUGAGGCCCGUCUGCGCUGUUUCUGCAUGACUGACGACAAGAUGGACAAGACCCUAGAGCAACAAGAGAACUUCACUGAAGUUGCCCGUAGCCGAGAUGUUGAGGUGCUGGAGGGAAAACCCAUAUUUGCUGACUGCUUUGGAAACCUGGUGCCUCUUACCAAGAGUGGACAGCACCAUGUGUUCAGCUUUUUUGCCUUCAAAGAAAACAGACUGGCCCUCUUCAUCAAAAUCAGAGACACAGCACAGGAGCCAUGUGGUCGCUUGUCCUUCACCAAAGAACCACGCACGUAUCGUGCUCUUAACCACAAUGCUAUCUGCAACCUUAACAUUACUCUCCCAACAUACUCAAAGGAGUCUGAUUCAGACCAAGAUGCAGAUGAUGAGAGUGAGAGGAGUGACAAGAAAUUGGAUUGGCAGGAUGAUGCUGACAGGAAAGAGGAGACAUUAGCUAUCGUUGCAGAUCUUCUUGGCUUCAGCUGGACUGAACUGGCAAGAGAACUGGAAUUCAGUGAGAAUGAUAUCCAAUUAGUGAGAACAGAGAAUCCCAAUUCCCUCCAAGAGCAGAGCCAUGCCUUGCUGCAGCGCUGGGUUGAGCGUGAAGGCAAACAUGCCACAGAGGACUGUAUGAUUAAGAGACUAACCAAGAUCAACCGCAUGGACAUCGUCCAUCUUAUUGAAACCCAGAUGAACAAGUCCAUUCAAGAGCAAACAUCUAGAACGUAUGCAGAGAUAGAGAAGACUCUGGAUCACAGUGAAGUAUCUGUAGCCCUAUCUUCAGUGCAAGAGGAUGCAGACAGCCCCAGAGUUGUGAGAAGGGUGGAGUCAGACCGCAGACCACCCCCAGCUGUUUCUGAAGAAGACCUCUCAGUUGCUUCCCUACUGGAUAUUCCUUCUUGGGCAGAGCCGGUUGGGCACACCCACUCAGAGAGCAUGCAUGGUGACCUGUUGGAAGAGCUUGAGAUCCCACAUGAAUUGAACCCUAACUUGUGGAUCUCUGAAGAUGUUAUUAUACAAGAACCUACAAGUUACGACAACUCAGAUGAGCAAGUAUCAACAGCAUCUUCCAGGACAAAUCUUUCAGAAUCUUCAAAACAAAUAAGUGGUCAUUUAGCACGUGGCCAGGUCUUUCCAAAUGAGACACACUCCUUGGCACAUGAUUUACACACAUUUUCCACUGAAAAACUAGAAUUACCACUUCCAAGUACCUUUGACCUAAAUAAAACACAAUCUAAAAUCACACUGAGCAAUCAAAGUAGCUCACCACGGGAAAAAGAUGAAAAGCUGUCAUUCCCCAAGCAAAUUGAAAUUUCUGGCUUAGCUAAACCAAGCUCAGCGACCCCAGACUCACUCUAUCAAAUAGCUCAAGAAAGUCUGGAUGACCAAAUUGUCAUGUCCUUAGAGUCCACUCCAACACAACCAGAGUCUGGAUCCCCUCAGCUUGAACAGCUGCUGUCAGAUCUGGAGGAAGUGAAAGUUGCAUUUAGCCCAGGGAAAAUUGUCCCUAUUUUGUCAGAAUUCGGUGAUGAAAGCCCUGAAGUUGAACAAAUUGAGUUUGAAGCCCUUUCACCUGAAGAUCAAUGCCAUACAGAAGAUAUUGAUACCAUGAGAGUCAGUGUGUUAUCUGUUGCACAGCUUGCAGAAAAUACAAACCACACUGAUGUAGCAGUCACAGAGCAUAUACGUUUCCAGACAUCCAUCCAAGAUGAACCUGAACCAAUCUCAGACACUCCUGAUUUCACAAAAACCUUUGAGACAAGUGUACCAUCACGCCUUGGUAAAGAUAGUCCUGUAUCCUCUACUGAGUCCCUUCCAACACCCCAUUCUUCCCAGAGAUUUUGUGAAGUGAUGGAACCACUGCACUCAGGACAUCCUGUUGAUAAAUUCCAGUUCAGCUCAUUUUCUUCCCCCAAAGUAGCUGCAAAGAGUCCAUCGAAGAUACCUGAGGAACAUGUGGCUAAUCUUCAUGAGCAAGAUGAUACAACUGACUUUCUUAAAAGUCAAGAAGAAGUUGAAUCAGCUCCAUCAGGUACAGAAGAAAUAUCAUCACAAAGUAUCCAAGAUCAACGUCUACAUUCAUUGGAGGCAACUUUUGAUGAAGUCAUUCAGAGUGAAGAUGUCUCUUCUCUUUCUGAUUUGACUCCAGAGACAGUAACAUUUGCAAGACAUUUUAGCUUUGAUGAACUGAUGCCAUACCCCACGCCAGGAAACGUGGAGACAUCCUCAGAUGAGGAUAGGCCAAGGACCAGUGGACGACAUUCAGAAGAAUCUCUUACUUCAACAGACUCUGAGGGUUUUUCCUCUCAGCCCACUCCAGUCAAACCCAAAGCAGAGGUGACUUCAUCAACCUCUGAUGAGGAGUACAGCAUCCCACCUGGGUGUUCAGAGAUCUCUUCUACCACAACCAUCUAUACCCGCAUGCCUCCAGAAUACAAAGAAGUUGUGCAUAGUAGUGUAGACAGCCCGUUUGAAUACUCUGACCCAGAGCAUUACUUUGACUGCAUACAGGCUGCAUCUGAAUUCUCGGAGACUGAGCCUGAUGAACCUGAGACAAGUACCAGGCCAAUUGGAGAUCAGCCCCAGGAUAAUCUUAGCCAUCCUAGAGUGCUAGAAAGGGGGAAUCGAAGAGUCCUGUUGUCCUCUGAAAGUGAAGAUUAUGAGGAUGCUCUUUUUGUCCAUGAGCCUCUUUAUAAUGUACAAGAAGAAAAUGAAGAAUUAUUACACUAUUCAGAAGCAUCAGAUGAAGAAUUCACCAUGUGUGAGUCUUCACAACCGCCUCCUAACUGUGACACUGGGGCAUUUGAUGAUACUGACCAAUCUCUGACAAGGGAGAUCACCACAGAGCUCGGAUCAGUGUCAGAAAGUUCAGAUGAUGAGUUUUUGACCACCAGAAUAGUGCGAAGGAGAGUUGUCAUUCAGGCUGAUGAAAUGCCUGACCUCCCCACUCAGUCAGUGACCGAAGAAAAGUACAAGGAUGAAAAUGGACACAUUGUUAUCAAAAAGGUUACGCGUAAAAUUAUUCGCAAAUGUGUUUCGGCGGAUGGUGUGGAGCGUGAAGAGGUGUCAUUAGAAGGAGCUCCCCAGGGGUCCAUCAGUAUGGCAGAGGGCGAUGGAUACUCUAAGGUGGUGAAGCGGACUGUACUGAAGAGUGAGGGAGACCACACAGAGGUAACAUUUGCUGAAUGUAAGGGUUUCUCAGCAUCAAGUCAGGAGACCGCUGAAGGUUGUAAGGUCAGUCGCGUAGAGCGGACAGCAGUUGUGAAAGGUGAAAGGACAAUGACUCACCAGGGUGAUCCGUCUCUGGCUUCUGACCUCCCCUCAGCCCAAGACGACUUCAAACAGGCACUAGGUUAUGUAAUUGGUUUAAGCGGAACAGAGCUCCCUCACGUGGUAGAGAGCGAGACUGUCAGAGAAGAUGGAACUGUGAUCAGGAGGGCCCUCAUGCGUAAAGGUUUCACCCACAGGCGAACAGUGGUGAAGGAGGCUGGGCAGCGCGAAGAGCUCCAUCUAGAACAAGUGGACAACCCAAGAAAAGGGUCAAAACCACGUGACCUCCAGCAGCAUCUCCAGCAACUCUUUCACCGCUUCUACGAAGACAAAAAGGAGGACGAUAAGGACGAAGAAGAGGAGGAGGAAGAGUAGAAGAAUGUAUAACACGCUCUCCCACUUCCUUGCUCUGCCAAUGCUAAAGUCCCCCCCUAAUCCUAUGCAUUAGCCACAUGCAAUUCCAGUGUGCACCACAGCACCUCAAAGCUACCCACGUCUUCCUUUUUAAGUCCUGGUAGAUGACAUUUCGUUCAUUUGUUUGUUUUCUUUCCUGGCUGGUAUAGUGUAUUCAUGAUUUUCUUUCAUGUUCUGAUGUUGUUUUGCCUUUUUGUGACCAAAGAAAGCCUUCUGUUGUUUUCCUGAUUCAUUUUUAUUUCCCAUGUCUGAAUUGAUGAUUUUGUCCUGAUGCUGUGGUAGAGCAACAAAGAAAACAGGUAAAUACUAUUCACAUUAACUAACUCACAAACCUCCUGAAGGUAAAGAACACUUUACUUGCAAAAUACUGGUACUUAGACUGAAAGACAGUAUCCCUCACAGUGCACUGCCUCUCACAACUAGAGUUUCUCAGAUAUUCCUUACUUAAAAAUGUCUCACUCACUGUACUACCCUCUCUGCUCUUUUGAUUUUUGUGGUCAAGAUGUCACACAGAGAAAACCAGACUGUAUCAACACUAAAUUGACCUGCUGCUGCUGUGUUUUGUGUAGGCUAUGUGUAAUCUGUCUUUGGAAAUUAUAUAUUAUCUAUAAUCUAGACAUUGCUGACAUCACUAACCUAGGAAUUAAUAAUCACUCAUGUGAAAUAGAGCAGGCAUGACUAAUCAACGUUUGUCAUCAUGAUCCCAGCUUUGUCAUCUUUGUAAUUUUAUGGAGUGCCCUUCUGUCUCUAUUCCCCUUCUGUAUGUGUUUUUCUUAACUUCUUGUUAUGUUUAAUUUUGUCCAGUUUUAGGGGCUUUUCUCAUACAUUGUUGCUGUUGACUCAUACUGUAAGAAUGGUGAAUGUGUGAGUGAGAUGGUUAAGAACUAUUACAAGUUGAUUUUAAACUCUGUUUUCUGAAUCUGUCUUAGUUUAUUUUAGAUUUUCACUUUUGUUUACUAGAGAGUAUAAAUUACUGUAUCUUUGUUUGCAAUUGCUGAAUUAGAUCAUCACAGCUGUUUGAGAGUCACUUGUUUAAUAUGACAUUUGUUGUAAGGUGUCUGGUGUUUCUGCUUUAUUUUAACUUUUAGACUAUUAGUUUAUCUUUUAAAUGAGUGUUGCCAGUUGUGUGCUGUGUUUUUGAGUGUGUUCUGUGUGUUCAGUUGAGUGAAUGAGUGUAGUGAAAGAGUGUGCAUGUUGCUGUCAGCAAAGAAAUAAAACAUUUAUUUUACACAAACCACAUUCAAAUUCCUGAAUGUCAAGAGGGAGAAUCUCCAUGCUUUUUGUGCGCCUGAUAUGAGGUACAGUAUAUAGUAGCUACAGAGAAAGUUUUAUUUUGGCGGGGCAGAUGAUAAAAACAAGAUGAUACACUAGGCAAACGUGCAGUGAGGGAGGUUGAGAGCUUAAACAUACCAUCAUUCACAGAUCUCAGCAUUGUUACUGUAUGUAUUUACAACAUGUAAUGUAUUUAUUUCACUAUCACUGUUUACUUUGUGAUUAAGAAAAAUGUAAAAUGCAAACUAGUGGAAGUUCACUGUGACUGGUAUGCUUUUAAUUUGAAGAAUCAGCAUCCCUUUUCUGUGAUGAUGACAGUUAUAUACAUAUACAAUGCAUAUAUACAUAUCUAUAAGGGCAUGUAUUACUGUAUCAAAAUUCAAAAAGACAAAAACAAAAUGGCUGCAAUGUCUAUGGCUGAUAGAGAAUAAAAGUCUACAAAU